GGAUCGUUUUUGGCGUGUGGCGUUUCUUCUUGCAAAAAUGCCUGAUCCAGCAAAGUCGGCUCCCGCACCUAAAAAGGGCUCUAAGAAGGCGGUUACGAAAGUGCAGAAGAAGGACGGCAAGAAGCGCAAGCGCAGCCGCAAGGAGAGCUAUUCCGUCUACGUGUAUAAGGUGUUGAAGCAGGUUCAUCCGGACACCGGCAUCUCGUCCAAGGCCAUGGGCAUCAUGAACUCCUUCGUCAACGACAUCUUCGAGCGCAUCGCCGGCGAGGCCUCCCGCCUGGCGCAUUACAACAAACGCUCGACCAUCACGUCCCGGGAGAUCCAGACGGCCGUGCGCCUGCUGCUGCCCGGCGAGCUGGCCAAGCACGCCGUGUCCGAGGGCACCAAGGCGGUCACCAAGUACACCAGCUCGAAGUAAGGGCGCGUGAAGGACGCAAUAGAACAGCUAUUUUACCCCAACGGCUCUUUUCAGAGCCACUUAAUUUGUCAUAGAAAGCAGCUGUAAACACUUGCUGGAAGACUUGGCUUUUGGUUAGGUGUGGUGGGCCCGUGUCUCGAAAACCUUUGGGUGAUAAAGCUUGCCAGGGGGCUGUUAAAGUCGACCCUCCUACAGUGUGGUGGUGUCACCUAGUGGCAUGACUCUUGCUGGUAACAAAAAACCUAGCCCUCAAAAUGGUCUCUACCUAGAUCUACUGAGUCCGCGAUGGGAAGUUAGAUACAGGUAACUGAGCAAGCAGGUUUGCUAUAGUUUUAAAGUUUUCGGCUCUUUGUUUUGUUUUUUUUUGGUAGGGGAUUCUGUACUAAAUUUCUCCGCCCAUAAAUGUCAACACCGUUUGUUUUUUCUAAUAAGUGAGCUGGAUUUGUUUUCCUUAGCAUACAAAUGGAAAUCCCUCCGUUCCCCACUCCCCACUGUCUUAACCUUCGUAAAAAAAAAAAAAAAAAGUUUCUAGGCGUCUGUCACGAACAACGCGCAAUAAAGCCAUAUGCUUUAGUCUGUUGACCUACGUGUAAGUGCCGACCUAGCCCCAUCCUUCAGCCAGGUAGAGACUUUGCCCCCCACCCCUUGGGACAUUUAGUAAUAUCUGGAGACCGUUGUCUCUUGGGAAAGGAUGCUAACUAGCAUUUAGUGGGUAAAGGCCAGGGAUGCUGAUUAACAUCCCAAAAUGCAUAGGAGAGCCCCCACAGCCAAGACUUCAUCUCGUCUGUAACCUCAAUCCUUGCGCGGCAGCUGGUAGACCCAGCGCCCAGACUUCCUUUCCGUCGGGAUUUAAUUCUCAUUUGGGUCAAACCUUCCCCCUGCCCCACUACCUGGUCAAUGUUAUUGCUCUUGGUGAAAGCUGAGCAGAACGAAGAUUUACUGUGAUUGCUUACAGGAAAAUUCUCCAGGGCAAGGAAGUUGUCUUCUGUAACAAAGUUUUCUGGUUGUAAGAACCACCUUGGUGCUUGCUAAACACAUUCCCAGGUGCCUCUCCUGGAGCUUCCCAAUAAAGUCAGGACGGAGGUGAGGACCGGGGAGGUGGUUUUUAGUGUUCUCAGGUGUAUUUAAAAAGUCUGGAGCGCGUGAUGUGCAAAUGGCCACAGUUAACAUAUGGGAUGAAUUUCUAAAGACCCCUUAGUUCAAAACUUGUGUAAUUCAAGACUGAGCCGGACAGAGGCUGGUGAAUGUUUUACCAAAUAAAAGGUCCCCUUAAGGUAAAAGGAAGAAUCUUAGUUUCCAGUUCAUUUGUCAAGGCUUGAAAUUAAGCCUUUCCUAAUAAAUGUUAAGGAAUUUGCUUGUCAA